CUCCGACUCACCGCGCCCUCCACAAGCACACAGGCCAUGUCGAAGGCUGAGGUCGAUGCCGCGACGCGCGACUACAUUGUGAAGCCGCGCCUCGAGUACCGCACUGUGCAGGGCGUCAACGGCCCUCUCGUCAUCCUCGAGAACGUGCGCAACCCCAAGUUCGCCGAGAUCGUCAACCUGACGCUCGCCGACGGCACCUCGCGCGCGGGCCAAGUGCUCGAGGUCGCCGGCUCGAAGGCGGUGGUGCAGGUGUUCGAGGGCACCGCGGGCAUCGACAACCAGCGGACGUCGAUCGAGUUCACGGGCAACAUCCUCACCACGCCCGUGUCGGAGGACAUGCUCGGCCGCAUCUUCAACGGCUCCGGCAAGCCCAUCGACAAGGGCCCCGGCGUGCUCGCCGAGGAGUACCUCGACAUCCAGGGCCAGCCCAUCAACCCGCAGGUCCGCACCUACCCCGAGGAGAUGAUCCAGACGGGCAUCUCGACCAUCGACUGCAUGAACUCGGUCGCGCGUGGGCAAAAGAUCCCGCUCUUCUCCGCGGCCGGCCUGCCGCACAACGAGAUCGCCGCGCAGAUUUGCAGGCAGGCAGGCCUCGUCAAGCAGAGCACCAAGGGCACGACGUCCGACGACUCGGAGGAGUCGUUUGCCAUCGUCUUUGCGGCGAUGGGCGUGAACAUGGAGACGGCGCGCUUCUUCAAGCAGGACUUCGAGGAGAACGGCGCGCUCGAGCGCGUCACCCUCUUCCUCAACCUCGCCAACGACCCCACCAUCGAGCGCAUCAUCACGCCCAGGAUUGCGCUGACGACGGCAGAGUACCUCGCCUACGACAAGGACAAGCACGUGCUCGCUAUCAUGACCGACAUGUCGUCGUACGCCGACGCGCUGCGCGAGGUGUCGGCCGCGCGCGAGGAGGUGCCCGGCCGGCGCGGCUACCCCGGCUACAUGUACACCGACCUCUCCACCAUCUACGAGCGCGCGGGCCGCGUCGAGGGCCGCAGCGGUUCCAUCACGCAGUUCCCGAUCCUGACGAUGCCCAACGACGACAUCACGCACCCGAUCCCCGACCUGACGGGCUACAUCACCGAGGGGCAGAUCUACGUCGACCGCGCGCUGCAGAACCGGCAGAUCUACCCGCCGAUCAACGUGCUGCCCUCGCUCUCGCGGCUUAUGAAGUCCGCCAUCGGCGAGGGCAUGACGCGCAAGGACCACGGAGACGUGUCCAACCAGCUGUACGCCAACUACGCCAUUGGCAAGGACGUGCAGGCCAUGAAGGCGGUCGUCGGCGAGGAGGCCCUCUCGUCGGAGGAUCACCUCUACCUCGAGUUUCUCGAAAAGUUCGAGGGCAAGUUUGUCAACCAGGGCGCGUAUGAGAACCGCACCAUCUUCGAGACGCUUGAGAUCGCGUGGGGGCUGCUCCGCACCUUCCCAAAGGAGAUGCUCAAGCGCAUCCCCGAGAAGACGCUCAAGGUGUACUAUGCUCGCAGCUCAUGAGCUGCGAGCUAGGGCGGCGCGCGCGCUCUCUCGGGGCGAGAGGGUCGCCCGCGCCGGCCGUGGACCCGCCUGGCUCAGCGUUGGAGUCGAUUCCGACGAUCCCCUUGCCGCCCUGGUCCGGCUGCGCCGGGAGGUGCCAGAGGGGCGCGAUUCCCCCGCUGCGCCGAGAGCCCACGCGCGCCGCCCGCGCCCGGCGUCGUAUCGGGCCGCGCGCGUGAUACUAUACACUCCUCGUUUGUGCCCCGCAGCUUGGGCGCGCGAGCUCCGCGAUGCUGUGGGCAGGGCCCUACCAUUACGUUGCCAUGUUGUUUGCGAGGAGCUUUAAAACACGAUUUUUCGUUUU